GGCAGCCUGGCCCCGGUGCCGCCGCUUCGUCCCCUCCCCUUCCCUGUCUCCCUUCCCCCUCCCCCCCUCCGCCUUCCUUUCGGGCCGGGAUGCAAAUUAAAUGUUACAGAGUGUUUGAGUGAUACCGUCACGGCAGAUCUUCAAUAAUUCAUGAAGACAGACACAUCUAGUGCUUUUGAGACAACAGUAAACGGUAAAAUUUGGUGGGGGAGGGGGGAAAGCAGCAACUGUUUCCUGAUCUGCAGCUUGGCAGGAGGACAUUAAGAUGUCGGUGGAUAUGAAUAGCCAGGGAUCUGACAGCAAUGAAGAGGACUAUGACCCAAACUGUGAUGAAGAGGAGGAGGAGGAGGAGGAGGAGGAGGAAGAGGAGGAAGAGGAUCCUGGGGAUAUAGAGGAUUAUUAUGAGGGGGUAGCAAAUGAUGUGGAGCAGCAGGGGGCAGAUGCCUUUGAUCCAGAGGAAUACCAGUUUACCUGCCUGACUUACAAGGAGUCAGAAGGCACCCUGAACGAGCACAUGGUCAGCUUGGCUUCUGUGUUAAAGGUGUCCCAUUCAGUUGCUAAACUUAUAUUAGUUAAUUUCCAUUGGCAAGUCUCAGAGAUAUUGGAAAGACACAAGUCCAAUUCUGCUCAACUGCUGGUCGAGGCCCGAGUUCAGCCCAGCCUGUUGAAACAUGCAAUGGCACUUUCCUCUCACUGCGCCGUAUGUAUGCAGUAUGUCCGAAAGGAGAACUUACUCUCUCUCGCUUGCCAACACCAGUUUUGCCGCGGCUGCUGGGAGCAACACUGUGUAGUUCUGGUCAAGGAUGGGGUAGGAGUUGAGGUCACCUGUAUGGCUCAGGACUGCCUUCUCAGAACUCCAGAGGAUUUUGUGUUUCCGUUGCUGCCUAGCGAGGAAUUGAAAGACAAAUACAGGCGCUACCUCUUCAGGGACUAUGUGGAGAGCCAUUAUCAGCUGCAGCUAUGUCCUGGUGCAGACUGCCCAAUGGUUAUUCAGGUACAGGAGCCCAAAGCUCGCCGUGUCCAGUGCAAUCGAUGCAACGAGGUCUUCUGUUUCAAGUGUCGUCAGAUGUAUCACGCCCCAACGGACUGUGCCACAAUCCGAAAAUGGCUCACGAAGUGUGCAGAUGACUCUGAAACAGCAAAUUACAUCAGUGCUCACACUAAAGAUUGUCCCAAGUGCAAUAUCUGUAUUGAAAAGAAUGGAGGCUGCAAUCAUAUGCAAUGCUCUAAAUGCAAACACGAUUUCUGCUGGAUGUGUCUGGGGGACUGGAAGACCCAUGGCAGCGAGUACUACGAAUGCAGUCGGUACAAAGAGAAUCCUGAUAUUGUAAACCAGAGCCAGCAGGCACAGGCCAGGGAGGCCCUUAAGAAGUACUUGUUCUACUUUGAGAGGUGGGAGAACCACAACAAGAGCCUACAGCUAGAGGCACAGACAUACCAGAGAAUUCAGGAGAAGAUCCAGGAGAGGGUGAUGAACAACUUGGGGACCUGGAUUGACUGGCAGUACCUUCAGAAUGCUGCCAAGCUCUUAGCUAAGUGUCGAUACACCCUCCAAUAUACAUAUCCAUAUGCAUACUACAUGGAAUCUGGACCUAGAAAGAAGCUGUUUGAAUACCAGCAGGCUCAACUAGAGGCAGAAAUUGAAAAUCUCUCAUGGAAAGUGGAGCGAGCAGACAGCUAUGACAGAGGGGACUUAGAGAAUCAGAUGCACAUAGCUGAACAGCGAAGAAGAACUCUGCUGAAGGACUUCCAUGACACAUAAAUAGGAAUGAUGAGGGGCACAGGGGUGAGGGAGCAAGUCCUGAAUGAACAAGGUGGCAGAAGCAUUGCAUGGAACAGGCACUGCCUCUGAAGAACACAGAUUGCAGACAACACCCCUACCCUCCCCCCCCCCAACCCUCCAGCCCCAGGCACCCACUCACAUACACACACUCAGACUCUCGCGCGUGAAAUCCCUCGCAGUCUCUCGCGAUCUCUCUCGCACUCUUUCACUCUGUCGCUCACUCGCGCGCCCGCACUCACAUGCACAUUUUAGUUUCUGUUUUCUUCUCUCAUCUUCCAGCAGUUUUGUUUCUGCCAGGGUAGAGACCAUAUUGAAUCGGCAUCUUUAUGGGACUCUCUAUUCCCCCCUGGAAGAUUGUUAGGCGAGAAAGAAAAUUUUAUUCUAAAUGGCUGUUAAUAGUAUUAGAUUAUUACAACUUAAGUGAUUUUCAAAGGUUCUACAGUUAUUCAGAAAGACCCUAGAAUAACCCAGUACCCUCUUUACCAAUGAAUUGGCACUGGAAAGUUGUCCUCUAGGUACUCUGCUUUUAGAAACUGGUAUUUGCUUCCCACCCACUGAUCCCCAAACUGCUUCUGCAAUGAACUUUCUAAAGUGCUACAUUGAGCUUCCCAAUGUAGCCUCCCUUCUCCUACUGUAAUGUGCUUCGUUCAGCUCUGAUUGCAUGAGGAGAGCAAUUGGGAUCUUCAGGGGCUUCCGCAAGGAAAGAGCCUAGCACAGAUAUCAGCUGGAUGUGGGCCCUGCUCUAUGGAGCAGUUCUGGAGCAGAAGUAAAUGCUUCGAUGCCCUGCCAAAUGCUAGCCUUUACCUGGUGCUGCAGGAUCCAAAAUAUAAGAUUGGGGACGAUUGGGAUGGACUGGAGGCGGAGUUAUUCCCCAGAGUCCAGAGAAAUGGCGUCUCAUGGUCAAAAUUUCAGAUUAAUUUUUUUUUUCAUUUGCGCAUUAUUUUUCUUUUAGACUUUAUCAUCAGAGGUUCCUAUUUCCACCUGGAGCACAGUAAGAGCUAUUCUCUAAGUACCGGCACUUACAGACAGUCAAAUCAUGCCAUGGCACCCAUCAGUCAAUUAGUGGUAUUUAUUGAGUGCUUACAUGAUGGUGGUGUUUAAUUAGUGCAUCCAGCGACUUGGGAAAAGGGACGGGUGGGCACCUCUCAACCUGAAGAAACAAUCAGGUUUCUUGCCACACGGCUUCCCUGCCGAUUUCCCCGGCACAUUGCUUUAGGGGACGUGUGAGACUGCGUUGCUUUCUCUUGGCCUUGUGGGCGGAUUGACUAGAAUUUGGGUUACAAGGUCUUCGUAGUGUACAGUAGCACAACCGAUUUCUUCUUGAUUUUUUUUUUUAAUUUUUUUUUUUUUUUGCCCUAAGGAAAAAUUUGGCCCAACUUGAAGUCUAGGAGAAGAGUUUGGCAUUUUGUGAAUCUUGCGCCGAGCAGGGUGGAAAAGUUGUUACCCGCCUUGUGUUAGGCUUUCGGCUUCCGACGGCAGUUCAUUCCUCUAACUACAUCUGUGCUAGUUGGCGGGGGAUCGAGUCCUUUUGGCUUUGUGCUCGGGCUGGGGACACAGUGUACAUCUUUAAGAAGCGGCACCUCGGCUAGCGGCAAGCCUUUACUAAAAGAUUUGCCCUCGCUCCUUGGGCUUCCAGACUGUGGUGUGUGUGAGAUCAAUUUCCUAACUAGAAUGCUGUUUGUGUGAGCAGCAUAAAUAUGCAAUAUAGAAUAGCAGGUUAAGAGAAGACUGUUAGUGUACUUAGGGGAACAGCAUGUUUGCUGAACUGGAAUUCAUGCAUGUUUACUGUUGCAGUUAAGAAUAGAUAGGUUAAAAUCGUUUUUUUAAGGAACUUAAGGUGUUAAGUUGUUGUGGUUUUCUUGUGAGAAUAGCAGGUGUUUAAUGAGUUCCUUGUACUAUUUGAAGGUCAGGUCAAAUAGAGAUGCAGCCUUCCUAGCUGUCCACGUUAAACAGUUCUAGCAGUUGAGAUUUAGUUGUUUAGGAAAUCGAUUCGGUUUGGGGUUUUUUUGUAUUUUUUGGGUUUUUUUUUUGUUUUGUUUUUUGUUUUUGUUUUAAUCCUCUGUAUUGGGGAGGACAGACGCACUGAACCUGAAAGCUGCAUGAGGUCUUCCAAAGUUUCAUAGAAUGUAUGAAACAAGCAACUGAGCAAGGGGAUAUUGGAGCCAUCAGAAGUGGCAAUUUGCACUGUACCCCUCCUCUGUGGGUUCCUCCCUCCCAAAGGACAUGGUCUUUUUAUUGCAGAGCUGAGUUGGCUGUUGAGAGGUGGAGGAUCACUUCUGGUGUUGGAGAAAGAAAUGCGGUAGUCGUGACCUGGGCCUGGAAACGAUUCCAGGUGGUUAUUCCCUGUUUAACAGUGCCCAUGCCAUACAUAUAACUCGGCCUUUUGGGAAAUCCAUUCAAAAGCUGACUUCCUGCAAUUGCCUUUUUUUGCGUGCCAAAACUAGAAAUGCUCCAUGACCCUGCUUAUAGGAGUCACUAAAGACUCAGAGUAGGACCCCUUUUAUUCUCUCCAGCCCCCUCCCCCCCACCACACGCAUACACACACACACACACACACACACACACACACACUCUUUGCUUCUUUUGGCAAUGUGGUGCUGGGCUUAAGGUUGUGUUCUCUGAACUGUAGCCUGGGAACCAUUGAGGCCUGGCAAAGAUUUCCACCCUCCCUGGCUGUUGGGUGCCUCUGCACUCCUUAUUAAGGGCUUCUGAGACAUAGUGAGCAAGAAGAAACCAAGAAGAGAAAAACUGAGAACCCAGGAGAAAUUUGAUGCUGAGCAGGACAUUUGUGCUUGUCACUUGGAGCUGUGAUGUCAGUUGCCUCUAGUGCUGCUGGUUGGCAUAUUGGAGGGCAAGAAGGGUCACCUGAGCAACUGUGACUUAUUUUCAGGUGGCUACUCUAGGAAGCCCCUGUCAUUGCCUUCCCCCCGCCACCCCGGAUUUUGUGCUUCUGUUCCAUUUGGUUUCUCUUCUCAGUAUCAUUUCCUUAACAUCUCCAUGAGUCUCUUUCUUAGGAGUCUCUCUUUCCUGUUUCAACCUUGUUCUUCUCCCAUUUUACCAAGAAAUGGAAGGCUAUACAAAUUGUGUGGCUGCAACGGAAGAACACCCCCGGCCCCGCCACCUGAAAUUUAAAGCCUUUAGUAUGCCAGUCCAAAAUAUUGGAAAGUUUCCUGUGACGGAACCUUAGUGAUCAGCAGUCUGAGUGAACAGGAGCUGGGUUGGGCCAAGACGGAUCUUUUAUGUCUUCCCCUGCCAAUCCAAAAUAUGGGAGAACUUCUUGAGUUGGAACCCGAGUCAUCAGCAAUCUGAGUGAACAGGAAUUAGGUUGGGCUAAGACAGACCUUACGUCUUCCCCUGAGAGCUAUUUGGUAGCUAUCCUCAGGACUUAAAGGUUUGGAAACUGACCGUUCUGGUCAUUCUCCUCAGGUAGCUGCUGGGGAGCAAGCCCCGGGACUUAAAGGAUGGCAAAGUUUCCGUUCGGGUUUUUGCUUUGCCCGCUCUGGGCGGUGUGGUGGUUGCGGUGAGGAGGGGUAGCAUGAAUUUUGGAGUCUGGGGUAUCUAAUAUUUUUUUUUAACUUUUUAAACACCCAGCUAAGCAUUUUGAUGAACCUGGUUGCAACAGAGGGCAAGCCAUGGUCCGAUCGGUGAAUUGAUUUAGCUUUUUGGCUGACACCAGCCCAGUGAGACACCACCCCCCGACUGCCACCCCCCAUCCCGGCAUGUUUCCCUAAGGGGAAAAGGAGUGUCAAGAUUUGGACAAGGGCUUCUGGGAGAUGCAGUUUACAGCUCCCGCGUGAAACUACAUCUCCCCAAAGAGCACUGCAGUCAGGAGAGCACUGCAGUCAGGACGACAGCGUGGUCUGGGUGCGGUGGACAGUUCAGUAUGGUAGCAAUUGGAAGCAGUGGGUGGGGGCCACAGAAUUUGCCACCUCCUAAAAUCCGCCACCCUGGGCCACGACCUUGUUGGUAUAAUGGAAAAACCUGCCCUGAGUGUGGUCAUUGACAGGAGACCAGCCACCCUUCUCUGUCUCAGCCCCCGUUGCCUCACCUUAGCAAUAUAUUGCAGUUUGAGGGUAGCGUUGGCAGUCGUGGGGAAAGGGGAGGGUGGGGGGGGAGAGAGGGAAAAAAGAAAGUAAGGCUAUACGGAGAAAACCUAGAAGCGCCGCCACCGUAAUAAGCUAUCUGUAAAUAACAAGAGAAAUUCCAUUCAGACCAGGAAGGGGUGCUGCCCCUGUUUUCCUCACAUUGAGGAUUCCAGUGUUUGGAACCUUCUCCUUUUGAAAAGUCCUUGUAGCACCAGAAGGGCCUUGUAGGUCCCAGCUUUGCUUCUAGGGCUUUUGGUUGUAGCUUUGCUCACGUUUUCCACUGGCCGCCUAAGAAUGUCACACAUCCUCUAUCCUGGUGAGAGCAGCACUGAGCAGUUUCUCUAAACCGCAUGCCUGCUGCUCUGCAUCCCCGCUGUUGCACUGACGGUGAACAGGAGCAGCAGAAGGUUUCUUCUAUACCAUAAUCACUGCCUUGAACCCCUUAGACUCUGUAAGCAAGUACUCAAAAGAAUGUAUUGUUUAUUUUCCAUGAGGCUUGUUCUAGAGGUUCCUUCCUUCCCUCACCUCAUUGGACUGUCACUCCAGGUUUUCCGGCAGUCAGGAUGGUGGGAGAGCCAGGCAGAGUCCUGCUCUUGCCUUGCACAGGGUGGGAGAGGAGAGGGAGAACAUUCUUGUGAAAUUGCCCUUUCUCUUACUUCCCUUCCAACAGAAAGAAACUGGGGCAAGUUAACCUGUUCUUAAAAUGUUUCCCAGAGUUGAAGUGGAUUAUUCUAAAUAAAUGAAUUUCUAAUUUUAAAA